AUGAUGCGCACCUACAAACUGGCUUUGCUCGGCAUGGCGGCCUUGAGCACCGCUGCGCCCCAGUUUGGAAUAGGAGAUGGCUCUGUUAUCCUCAUCCCAGGUGGCUCAAUCCAGCUACCUCCAAUCCCAACUCCGGUCAUCAGGCCAGGCAAACGCCAAGCAGAUUCCAUUAUGGUGCAGCGUGAGGAGAACAUCAACGCCCUCAAGGAAGCUUACUUCACCCUGCUCAAACCCUUCACCACCGGGGUCAAGCCUUCGAUUGGCACUUACAUGAUCUUGUUGCACUUGGCCGACAUCCUUGCCGGAAAGGGGAUCAAUGUUGAUACUAUUGUCCUUGGUGAGGCUACAACUACGUUCGGCCCGUCCAACAAGCGUCAAAUUUUCGAAAUUGGCGGGUGUAAAGAAUCCGACAUUAUUGGCCUCCGAGCAACCCUGACCAGCCUCUUACUCAUUUAUGGCAGCAAGCCGCCAUUUGAGAUCUGGAAUCUCGAGCAAGCCAUCAUUGCCGCUCUCAAGGCCUGCGGGCAAGACGUUAUCGUCGGCCCCAUCAUCCCCGAAACACCGACACCCGGUGGCCCCAUUAUUCCGGACAAGCCGAUCCCGGGUGGACCUAUCGUCACCCAGUCUGCUAUUCCCGGAGGUCCGGUCAAGCCUAGUGACUAA